CCUAACUGCCAGGUUUACACGCGCACGUGCUGCCUAGGACCGUAUCCGAAGUCCAGCGUGACUGUCCCAAGAAGGGAAAAAAGAAAUUGGGGGCAGAAGGUGGGGAACUGGCUGAGGCAAAGUCCACGCCCGGCCAAGUAAGCGACUCGCACGCGCACGCCGCCUCCACCUGCGAGCGGGGAAAGGGGGCGAACUUGGCUUUCCGUCAGCCCCCCACACACCUCGGAACACCGGGACCCUCCAUGAGCGCCGCCACCCUGGACUGCCUGGACUCUCUGUCGUGCUACAGGAGCUGGUCCCUGGAGCCCGCCAACUUUUACGACGCCAAGGUGGGCGAAGGCGGCGGUGGGCUGAGUCCUUCGUGCAAAGCGGGUAACAUGAGCAACGGCGUCGAGGAGUCCAGCGUGGUCUCCUCGGCCCCCGGCAACGGCAGCCGCGAUCUGGCGGAGUUGAGCGCCGCCGCGCCGGCCAUGUACGAGGACGAGAGCGCCAUAGACUUCAGCUCCUACAUUGACUCCAUGGCGGCCGUGCCCAACUUGGAGCUGUGUAACGACGAGCUCUUCGCUGACCUCUUCAACAGCAACCAUAAGGGCUGCGAGCGCGGCGGCAGCAACAGCGCCUACGGGGACUAUCUACCGCCACCGCAGGCACAGCACGCGUCCGGAGGCAGCGCCUUGGCCAGCCUACUGCACGCCAGCGUCCCACCCGGCCCGCUCCGCGGCGCUGUCAAGCAGGAGCCCGACUGGGGCGACGAGGCGUCGGGCUCGGGCUCGCUGCUGCCCUCGCAGAUCGCCACCUGCGCCCAGACUAUCGUCAAUCUAAGCGGGCAGCCCACGCCUCCAACCUCCCCGGAGCCGCCGGGCAGCGCCUCGCCGUCCAGCUACAGCAGCCGCUCUUCCGCCUCCUCGUCGUCGGGCGGCAAAGAGCGGGCGGUCAAGAAGUGCGUGGACAGGUUCAGCCCGGAGUACCGGCAGCGGCGAGAGCGCAACAACAUCGCCGUGCGCAAGAGCCGCGACAAAGCCAAGCGCCGCAACCAGGAGAUGCAGCAGAAGGUGGUGGAGCUGUCCGCCGAGAACGAUAGGCUGCACAAGAAGUGCGAGCAGCUCACCAGGGACUUAGCCAGCCUCCGACACUUCUUCAAGCAGCUGCCCAGCACCUCUUUCCUGCAGGCCGCCUCGGCCACGGACUGCCGGUAACCGGCUGCAGCAGGAGCCACCACGCCUGGCUACGCAAGAGACUUUGAACUUCUUCAAGAAUACCUCAGAGAGAGCCGCACAGACUGCAGCGGGGCUGCAUGGGAGGGAGGGGGGACUGCACACACAGACUGUGCCAAAGGUGUGCCGAGAGAAGGGGCGCUCCUUUCUCGCGUGACUUCUUCCCUCCUAAGGAAGAAGAAACCUAGGCUAGAAGGCCAGAAAGAAACACGCCGUGAAAAUGUGUUUGCUUUCAAGUUUCUUUCUUUGAAUGGGCUAAGCUUGGGGUCUUUAACCACAAAACUUGCCAAAAAAGUGAAAGAAAAGCUAAACGUCUCUUUUUCUUCCUAAGUUAUUUUUGUAAUGAUAGUUUUGUUUUUCUACAUCUUACGCAUAUUGAUGCAGCUAUGGUACUUUGUAAGAAACAAAUGAUUUUCAAACACUUUUUAUUGUAUACAGCAAGUGAAAAAAUAGACUGAGCAUGCCCAAAACUUUUAUAAAUUUUUACAGCAUUUCUAAAAAUAAAAAGUUGAAAUUUA